AGGGCGUGUGGAGUCCAGACAUCGAGCAGAGCUUUCAAGAGGCGCUGGCCAUCUACCCUCCGUGCGGGAGGCGGAAGAUCAUACUUUCGGAUGAGGGCAAGAUGUAUGGUCGAAAUGAGCUGAUAGCUCGAUACAUAAAGCUUCGAACUGGGAAGACGCGUACCCGCAAACAGGUAUCUAGUCACAUUCAAGUUUUGGCACGUAAGAGGGUACGUGAAUACCAGGCAAGCAUCAAGGUCUCUAGUCACCUGCAAGUGUUGGCCAAGAGAAAGUCUCGUGAAUUUCAGUCUAAGCUGAAGGCCAUGAACUUGGAUCAGGUAUCCAAAGACAAGGCACAUCCAGACAGUGGCCAACCUUUCGUCAGCAUCAGAUUGUGUCAGCGAGUGUAA